UGCCCUUCCCUGAAACAGCAUGGGAAACAAAAUGGAGGCGUCACGCUCAAGGCUCCGGCACAUAAAAAAUAGAAAUGGUGACGUUUUGGAGUCAUACCAUGAGCUGAACAACACCGCACAUUUACCAAGGGCCAGGCCCAGAAAAGUUCCAGAAACUAGCUGGACUACUGGAAUAUAUCCAGUAGAAGUGGUUGAGAGUGAUCAAUCUAGAUCUGGAUAUGUCAAAGUUCAUUACAUAGGAUGGAACAAGAAAUAUGAUGACACUAUUGAAGCUGAGAAUAUUAUCACACUCCCAAGACCUUCAACAGCAUUCUCAAAGACACUGGCUCUUGCCAUAAAAGAAAGCCUGGGGCCAUAUGUUAAGGCAGAUAGCCUAGUGAAGAUAAAAUUACCAAUCACUGAAGAGGAGUACAAAAAAUUAUCCAACUGUGGGGCACCCCAUAAAGUUACAAGGACAAAAACAAUUUAUAAGUUAUCCAAACGCAGUCAAUUAAACCACUAUUUAGGGGAAGGUUGGGAUUAUAGAAUUGUCAACGAGGAAUGCGACAACUUCUACAUUUUGACAUCAACAGUGAAAUUCUACAUGCAUACAAGGAAACCGCUUGAAGAUUAUGUCCUAUACCCUGAUCAUGUGGAAAGGUAUCAGCUGGAAAGGGGAAAUCAACUGACUUUUUCGUUUGUUCGGAUGGCAGGAAACAGAUCUGAUGUUCAAAAACUGCUUAACAGCAACCAGUUAUAAUUCAUGUAAAGUUAUAUAUAGACUAUAUAACUAUUUGACUUUUGAAAUAUUUUUUUCUGAUUGUUUUUCAUCCGUCGUCUCGGUUUUUUUCCUGAUUGUUGUAUAUUGCAAAUAAUUAAUGAUUGAUUUUUGUUUUUUAAAUUAUGGUGGUUUUGUCUAAAGCAACACUUUUUUCUAUGUUGGAGGAGCAAUGGAAGGAACCAUUAACAUUAGAUGUUGUCAAAAAAUUUAAAACCAAGUUAGAAAAUGAUCUAUCACUUUCAUUUAAAACAAAUGACAAAGACCUUUAUAUUUUAAGGGCAGAGUUGUAUAGGCUUAAAACAAAUGGCCUGCGAGCCAAAGUGAAAGGUGGAAACCAGUUUAGUCGCUAUAAACAUUCCAUAAGUCAUUCCAAAUUCUCUUGGGAUGUAUCAUUAGCCCUCCAUGAAACUGAAAUAAGAGUUGAAGAAAUGAAAAACAAACUUAUGAAAUGUGUGGAAGAAAAAACUAUUAUUGAAGGGAAGUUUUGUGAUUUUGUAACUAACACCAAGAAAAAAGAACAGAAAUUUGUUGAAAAGAUUUCAUCUUUGGAAAAUGAAUUGAACAAACCUCUGAAUGGAGACAAACAAUGUAAAAAUAACUAUGAGAAUGUCUGUAGUACUAGAAAAAGAAAAUCAAUGCAGGAGUGUUCUUCUUCAUACCAGAUGAAAAUGAAAAAAAAAGACAACGAGAAAUGUAAAAAUGCCCUUGAAAACUUGGAACUCAAUGGUUGUAAACCAGUUAGUGUUACUGUUCUUAGAAAUGGUAGAGAAGAAGUUAUUAAACUUUUUCAGGCAGAUGAGGAUGACAUUGAAAAUGUAGAUGAAACUAAGCUUGAUAGUAUUAAUGCUUUAUUGUAUAUUUUGGAUACAUUUAAUGUGUCUCAGGAAGCCUAUCAUGAGUUGAGUUCACUGUUUAAGAGUAUGCCUCGUGCUCAUAAUAUAGCAGAGUAUAUUAGAAGUCUGAAUAAAGAUUUCAAAAUCAUCAACACACCAGAUGGACUUGGGGUACAACAGUCAUUGAAACAGAGACUAGUUGAUGUAGUUUCACAGUUAUUGUUAGAAAACAGUGACCUCAUUCCCGAUAACAAUUUGAAGGUAAAAAUAUCAGGCGAUGGUACUCGGGUCGGGAAAAGGCUGCAUGUGGUUAAUUUUGCUUUCAAUAUUGUCAAUGAAGGUUCAGCACAUCAGAUUUGUUAUCCUCUAUGUAUUAUCCAAACAAAAGAGAAGUAUGCAGAACUGAACAUAGCACUAAAUGAUCUGCAGCAGGAUGUAGCAGAAUUUCAGGGUAGUAAGCUGAAGGUUGGUGAUCGAGAGUUUACUGUGAAUAUUUACUUAGGUGGUGAUUAUAAAUUUUUGUUAGUUGCUGUUGGAAUUUCUUCAGUUGCAGCUACACAUUCCUGUAUAUACUGCAAAUGUGAGAAAAAGGAAAGAAUAAAUUUAGCAAAAAGGUGGUCGAUGAAAGACCCGGUUCUUGGUGCAAGGCUAUCCUACAUAUCAUCAGAGCCUAUGGAUAUCCCAGCAACUGGCAGGUCCUCAAAACGGAAAAAAGUACAGACUUAUUCCAUUGUAAAUCAGCCUCUUUUUCCAUGCAUUACACCCUUUCAAGUAGUAUUAGAUCAGUUACAUCUUUUUCUGAGAAUAACUGACAAGCUCUUUAACCUUUUAGUUUCAGAACUGAGAGUGUUGGAUAAUAUUUCGCAGCAGGCAACAUUUGUUGAAUUGGAUAGAACAAAAAUCAAGCAUGUUGCUGCAUUAGAGAAUGUAUUGCAGCAAAUGGGUAUUCCAUUUGAACUUUUUGUUAACAAAGAUACUAGAAAGUUAGAGUACAGGGAUUUGAUGGGGCCAGAGAAACUAAAACUGAUGGAAAAAUUUAAGGCAUCUGAUCUUCUUCCUGACAGAGAAAGAGCUGACCAGAUACAAAAGUUGUGGGAUGAUUUUUCAGAAAUAAAUGUACUUUUGAGAUCUGAAUCCCCUAUCCCAGAAGAUUUUCAGGUUAAGGCUGAAAGCUGGUGCAAUAUGUAUGUUUCUCUAUAUCAGUGUCGGGACAUAACUCCUUACAUACACACACUUCGAUACCAUGUCAGCGAGUUGUUCCAGCUUCAUGGAAACCUUGUCAGAUUUUCACAGCAGGGGUUAGAAAAAAUGAAUGAUAUUAUUACCGAGAGCUACCUCAGGGCAACAAACCACAGAGGCCAUUCUGCCCUGAAACAAGUGAUGGAAAAACAAAAUAGACUUGUUCUUUUGGCAAGACAUAAAAGAAAAAAACGUGUCUACAAAGAUCGCAAGCAAUGAAUAUGUUUGAAAGAAUAACUGGUACAUGUAUAUAUGUGUACUACAAAUCAUAAAACAAUACAUCAUUAUGACUGCUGAUCUGGUCAUCUAGGUUUAUCAAACAUGUGGACUAAACAAUCUUUUCAUAGUUUUUGACAUCAUACAAUGUCAAAGGCAAAUAUAAAUGUCUUGAUUCAAACUUUGGUGUGCCAACAGUACUACAUGUAAAAAUGAUUUUUGAAUGAAAAACUAUAAUUUUUGUAAAGUACAUACAUGUGUGUACCCUAACACAUGUACAUAGUUUUGAGUGUGGAAAUAAGGAGUAUGAUGGAGGUAUAUUUUGUAAACAUUAAAAAGAUUUUGAUGGUCAAGGGUCAUAUACAUAUACAGUGAAACCUGUCUAAUCCGACACCAUGUGGUAGUGCCACUUUUGGUCGGAUUAGACAGGGUGUCGGAAAAGUCAGGUAUUUGUUGUUGACUACACUUGGCAUAACGGAAAUACGGUAGUGUCAGAUUUGACAGGUUGUCGGAAAAGUCAGGUGUUGGAUUAGACAGGUUUCACUGUAUAUAUAUAUAUAUAUAUAGUGAUAUUACUUUACAGGGUCAUUUGAUUGUACAUGAUGUAUAUGGCAUACCUUUUUUCUUUGUUAUUAAUGUUGAUAUUUUGGUUAAUUUUAUAUCAUUUUUCAAAAAUAGCACAAGUAGUGCAUGUGAUGUAAAUUGUGCAAUAAAUUGUAAGUGCUGACAAUCAAAUGUGUGCAAUGUACAUGUGCCCAAUAUAAAAUAUGGAUUGCUCUUAAAUGUAGUUUCACAUUCAAAUAUUGAAAUACAUGGAUGCAUAUGAAUAACAGGAAUUCACAAUAUCUUGGUAAUAUGGCAUGGUAGCAAAACUUUGCAUUUUAAGUGAUAUAUAUGCAGUAAUCAUUUUUGUGUUGUUUUGAUAUGUCCUAUUUGUAAGAUAAUUAUCAAUCUGUACAGACUGUGCUCUGUUUAUGAUAGAUAUUGUGCCAAAGUGUGAGAGUUGAUACCUGAAACCAGAAAUACAUAAUUCUGACAGGUCAAGUUCACAUGCUCUAUGAAGAGUUUGCUUAUUUUGAGACUAAAACCAUUCCAAUAAUUGUUACA